AUGGCUAGCACUCUCACCGUUGUCUCCCGUAAGCAGCAGUCAAGAGCUAAAAUUAAACUGGAAAUUGAAAAGCUGAAUCUACUGAUCUGUCAGGAUUAUCCUCGCAAUAGACUGGACCAUGAAAAAUUGUUGUGCAUGUUAGAUCCCAGCGCAGGAUAUGUGGAUCCAAAUGCUGAUUACGGUGCCCACAGAAACAAUCUCCAAUUCCCAGUAAAUUCUGCCAGUAGUAUGAAAUUGGGUACACAAAGUCUUGGCCUUCGGUACGAGAAUGAGCAUUCUGAGGUCUACUAUGGGUACAAGAUGUGUCAAUUUUCAAGGCAGCAUCUUCAGUUCUUGUUGAAUAUUCAACGAGCAAUUUAUCUGUCACAUCCAAGCUCUCAAAUCAGCAAUGCUACCCAGGAUUAUAUGAGAGUUAAUCUUGUGGUGGGAGCCCAGACAGGAGAGCACGCCGAUACUUUCAGAGGAGCCACUCCCAACUUUAUUUUUAUAGAACCUGGCAAUACGUUCCACUUGAGAAUACGACUCUUCCCCAAGUUUCAUUCAUCCGUGGUUUCGUACAAGGGAGACUACUACAUACCCCACCAGUACAGUCCAAGGAUAGGCAAAAAUGACAAAGGUGAUCCCCACUAUUUCGAGUUCCCACCCUCAACAUUUGACAAGUUGGAACCUGUAGGAGACCUUCACAGCUUCAUUGUCGUGGGCAUCAAACAAAAGAAAAUCCAAACAGCCCCACGCUACUAUAGUGUGCACCAUACCACAGCCACAUUGAACAUUGUCAGCCUUGCCGAUGUCCUGGAAGAUGCAAAAAAACAUCUGGUUCUGAGGAAGCCCAGACCCAUGUUUCAAUUGAAGCAUGGAACCAACAAAUGGUAUAUUUUCUAUGGUUGGAAGCACGUGCAGCCAUAA